AUGAAGUCGGACCCAAGCACAAGGAAGUCAAACGUCCUGUGUGAGUUCCAUCAGGAAAGGGGACACAAAACCGAGGACUGCAUAGGUCUGCGGCAGGAAGUAGUAAGGAUGUUAAAUCAGGGAUACCUGAAAGAACUGUUGAGCGACAGAGGACGAGCCAACUUCGCUCGAGGGCGCGAUCAACCUCAAGGACCUCCAAAGCCACCAUCACCAGCUCGUACCAUACAAAUGAUCAUUGGCGGCGGCGAUGACACGCAUCCGAGGCGAGCCACGUACCGCCCAAGAAUUCUACCGGAUCGCCCAAGAUUGCACACACACCAAACAACUAAAAGGGGCAAUUGCGGAAGCAUAGCAAUCAGCCAUGUCGGAACCAAACCCGACACACAAGUAGAGGCCAUCAAAGACUCGGACGUCGUAGAAGCUUGCAAGGCAACCAUAGAAGAUCUCAAUCCCAUCCAAUUGGAUGACACCGAUAGCAGAAAAAAAGCUUAUGUUGGACACAACCUCUCGGAGCCAGGUAAGUAUCGAGAGUUUUUGGCUAACAACGCCGAUUUGUUUGCUUUUUCCCACUCAGAUAUGCCAGGAAUCCCAAGGUAUAUCGCCACACACAGGUUGAAUGUCGAUCCGCUUUAUCCGCCGGUAUGGCAAAUGAGGAGGAAGUUCAAUGCCGCGAUCAAUGAGGCGGUCAGCGAGGAGGUUGACAAGUUACUCGCCAACGGUUCCAUCAGAGAAUCGGAAUACCCCCAAUGGGUCGCCAAUGUGGUCAUGGUCAAAAAGAAGAACGGGAAAUGGCGAAUGUGUGUCGACUUCACCGAUCUAAACAAAGCAUGCCCGAAGGACUCUUUCCUACUACCUCACAUCGACCAACUUGUCGAUGCAACAGCUGGGCACGAACUGCUGAGCUUCCUGGACGCCUACUCCGGUUAUAACCAAAUUCUAAUGGCUGAAGAAGAUCAAGAAAAGACCACUUUCAUCACCCACCGAGGAACGUACUGCUAUAAGGUGAUGUCAUUCGGGAUUAAGAAUGCAAGGGCCACGUAUCAAAGGUUAGUCACCAAAAUGUUCAAAGAACAACUCGGUAAGACAAUGGAGGUUUACAUCGAUGACAUGCUAGUGAAGUCGACAAAUAAAGAGGGUCACAUUGGUCACUUGAAGGAAGCCUUCGAGAUAUUAAGGCAGUACGGGAUGAAAUUAAAUCCCGAAAAAUGCGUGUUCGGCGUAACUUCAGGAAAGCUCCUUGGUUUCCUAGUGUCACAAAGGGGAAUCGAGGUCAACCCGGAUCAAAUCGGGGCCAUUGAUGCAAUACCGGAGAUACUGACCAGCAAAAAGCAUGUGCAGAAAUUAACAGGGCGAAUAGCCGCCCUAUCAAGGGCACAGAAUAUCGAAGCAGAUGGCCUCGCUAAACUAGCUGCGGCCACCAAGAAUAUCAACAAGGAAAACAUGGUCACCCUCUUUCAUUCUGCAAUAGACCACGUCGAGAAGCUUGAGGAUGCCAAAGGGCUAUGGCCUGAACUGCUAUCGGAAGUAUUAUGGGCAUACCGCACUACGCCAAAAACUAGCACAGGAGAAACGCCAUAUUCACUAGUCUACGGGACUGGCGCAGUUAUACCCAUCGAGGUCGGGGAACCUAGUUUGAGGUACUCCAAUGAGAGCGGACCAAGCAACGACGAAAGUAGGCUACAAGAUCUGGAUGAGGUCGAAGAAAGGAGAGACAUGGCCCACAUAAGAAUGGUAGCCCAGAAGCAGCAAGUAGAAAGAUACUACAACAAGAGAGGCAAGGUGCGACCGCUCAAAGUCGGAGACUACGUCCUCAAGGCUAAAACAUAA